AUGUGCCACUUUCAGGUCUCCUCACACUGCUGGUGUGUUCCAUUUUUUGUCAUAGGGUGCUGGCAGAUUACGGGCCUCCCAUUGCUGCUGCCAGGCCCGUAAUCUGCCAUGGGCCCCUGUACCGCCUCCUCAUGCUGCUGCCAGGUCCAGAGUGUCUCAUGGGUCCCUGUACGGCCUCCCAUUGCUGCUGUCUCCAUCGCCACACUCUGCCAUGUGCCACUUUCAGGUCUCCUCACACUGCUGGUGUGUUACAUUUUUUGUCAUAGGGUGCUGGCAGAUUACGGGCCUCCCAUUGCUGCUGCCAGGCCCGUAAUCUGCCAUGGGCCCCAGUACCGCCUCCUCAUGCUGCUGCCAGGUCCACAGUCUCUCAUGGGUCCCUGUACGGCCCUCCCAUUGCUGCUGUCUCCAUCUCACCACACUCUG